AUGGAUAUUGAUCUCUUGUGGUUUCAAGGGGGGUGGUUUAUAUUUCAAAAUUGCAUGGCAAAAACUUCAUCAUUUUCUGCAGAAAUCUCCACAAAAAAUACUAACCCUUUUCUUCUGUUUCUUGUGCUUGUUUUUAUUUUUCUUGUUCUUGUCAAUUCCUCCGAUCCCUCAAAACCCUCCAUGGAUUCAUCACUUCCCUCUGAAAGGCUCCUCUUGAACUCCGAUUCCACGACAAAAUCUUCAAAUUUUCACCCAAGAAAGAGAGAAAAGUACUCACAUGGAUCUUCUUCUUCCAAGAGAGAAUUUGGGGCUGGUGAUCAUGAAGUUCCAAGUGGACCAAACCCUAUUUCCAACAAACAUGCCCGGUUAAUCAAGCUGGGCCUGGAUACCAACGCAAUCCACGCCACGAGACUCGUCAAUGACUACUCAUUGCGUCAUGCACACCAAGUGUUCGAUCAAGUGUUGCACAGGGACACAACCCUAUGGACCGCUCUCAUCUCCGCUUACGUCCAAUCCGGACCGUCUCAUUGUUCCCAUGCAAUCCGCCUUUUCUCGAUCAUGGCCCGGGAGCAGGGUCUGGAUAGUCGGCCGAAUCACUUCACCGUCACUACAGUUGCCCGAGCAGUAGCUUCUGCCCCGGAACACUUAUACAUGGGAAAAUCCCUCCAUGGAUACGUCAUCAAAUCUGGGAUGAUGUCGAGAAAUGUUGUUGUUGAGACUGCUUUUACGGAUAUGUAUGCGAAAUGUGGGGAUGUAGACUGUGCACAUAAACUGUUUGAUGAAAUGAAUUCGAGAAAUUUGGUUACGUGGAAUGCUAUGGUUGCUGGGUUUGUACAAAAUGGGCUGGAGAAAAUUGCGUUGGAAUUAUUUGUGAGAAUGAAGUGUUUGGAGAAUUAUUUUCCUGAUGAAUGUACUAUCUCUACUGCGUUAUUAGGUGUUGCUAACAUUCAAGACUUGAUUUUUGGUUUACAGAUUCAUGGUUACGCUAUUGUAAGUGGGUUAGAUUCGAAUUGCUUGAAUUCAAUUGCUCAUAUGUAUUUUUGCUGCGGUCAAGUAAACCAGGCUGAGAAACUUUUUGGUGGGGUAGAAGGAGACAUUGCUUCAAAGAUGAUAAAAAUUAGAGGUUUUGUUUAUAAUCAAAGAUACUGUGAGGUAUUGAAGCAAUUUUGUUUGGAUAAGAAUCCUGCUGAGAUUUUCAAUUGGGAUUACACGAUAAUUCUGCCUAUUUUAACUGCUUGCACAAAGCUGUCUUUGCUCAGAGUUGGGAAGCAAGUUCAUAGCAUUUUUAUUACAUUGUUUGGUUCUUGUUUUCACUCUAAGUUCUCAGAGGAUGACAACGUAAUUCUAGGAAGUGCAUUUAUCGACCUGUAUAGCAAGUGCAGCGUUAUUGAUGAUGCUCAGAAAGUUUUUGACCAUUGGAUGCCCGAACGACGGGUUUCUCAUUGGAAUGUGCUGAUAUUUGGGUACAUAUAUAAUGAUUUGAUAGAAGAUGCUAGGAGAUUGUUUGAUGAUAUGCCUGUCAAAAAUGUGGUUUCUUGGACAAGCAUGAUGACAGGGUAUGCACAGAAUGGUAGGCCCCAAGAAGUCCUAAAGUUGCUGGAUAAAAUGUAUAGUGAUGAAGAAGGAUUUAAAGUAGAAGGAAAUUGCUUAACAUUUGUGGUUGGCCUUGAAUCCAUUAGCCUUUUAUCAGAGAUAGAGAAGGGAAAGCAAGUACAUGCAAAGAUCAUUCGGAGAUUUAUUAGUGCCGAUACUUGUAAUGUGAUUGUUGGGACGGCUUUGGUAGACAUGUAUUCAAAAUCAGGUAAUAUGAAAUAUGCUAAAACAGUCUUUGACAAGAUGGUUGAGAAAAAUACCAUUGCAUGGACUUCUAUUAUUACGGGAUAUUCAGUUCAUGGACUUGGUUUUCAUGCCCUCAAACAUUUUCAGCAGAUGAUGGAAAAAGGUAUUCAACCAAAUGAGGUGACAUUCAUUGCUGUAUUAACUGCUUGCAGUCGUUGUGGUUUGGUGGAAGAAGGAUUGCAUUAUUUUGAACUGAUGAAGACCAAGUAUAAUCUGAUGCCCAGGGAAGAUCAUUUCACCUGUCUAAUGGAUAUGUUGGGACGCCUAGGCAAGCUGGAUGAAGCAUGGCGCUUGCUAGAGGAAAUUGAAGACACCGAAUUGGGAGAAAGAUUCCCGUCUGGUACCAUUUUGGCAGCACUGUUGGGCAAUUGUCAUGUACAUGGCAACGUGGAAAUAGGCAAGAAGGUAGCUAAAAAGAUGUUGCAACAUGGAAAACAAGUUUCUACUACCCAUAUUACUCUUUCUAAUGUUUAUUCAUCAGCUGGAAUGUGGAAUGAAGCAUUUGGAGUAAGGAUGAACUGGAAGAAAGACGGUGAUGAAAAUGCAGAGCCUGGCCUUAGCCGAAUCUGCACUCAUCCACAGUUUGACUUAGCUUUGUAUGAAAAAUCAGGCUCUGAUGUACAAGGAAAAUUCAACAGGCUCGCCAUAUUUGAAGUCUAUGAUGGGGACUACAGGGAAAUAGACAGUUGCAACCUAUUGAGUAAACAUCUUGUACAAUCUCAAUUCAAUCAUUACGAAUUCCUUGGUAUCCAAGAUAAAAUAGUCCUCUUUUAUUAUGGUAUCAAAGCUGGAGCUUUGAACCUCUCUUUCUCACCAAUGGUGUGA